AUGGAUCGCACACAGGAUGGACAGCUGCCACAACGGCCACCUCUUGCGGUGGCACCUAUCCCACUCGACCCUGCCACCGGUGCUCCGUAUAUACGGAAGCUAUUCAUUGCCAACCGGGGAGAAAUUGCCUGUCGUGUCAUAUCCACCUGCAGAAAGCUCCAAGUUCGCACCGUGGUCAUCUACGUGACAGAAGAUGAAAUGUCCAGACACGUGUCCGAGGCGGAUGAAGCGAUACUACUGGGCAGUAUGGAGAGCCACACGACCAAUCCGUUCCUCAACAUGGAUCUGCUCGUCAAGACGGCAUUGGGCUCUGGUGCGCAAGCCAUUCACCCAGGAUAUGGCUACCUGAGCGAGAACGCUGAUUUUGCUGAGCGCGUCGGAAAUGCUGGGCUCAUAUUCAUCGGACCAAGUGCUGGUGCCAUGUCAACACUGGGCGACAAGCGGAGCUCCAAGCAAUACCUCGGUGACAAAGCGCCAGAUGUACCCUUGAUCCCGGGUUUCUCGGGCUCUAGCACACAAGUACAUGACCUCGAGAAGGCCGCCGCAGACAUUGGAUAUCCAAUCAUGCUCAAGGCCUCGGCGGGGGGAGGGGGCAAGGGUAUGCGAAUCGUUCGCCAAGCAUCGCAGCUCAGCGAGGAACUCGCAAGGGUUCAGUCUGAGGCGGCGAGAUCUUUCGGAUCGACCGAUGUCAUAUUGGAGAAGUACAUUGAGAGCAGCAAGCACGUGGAGAUACAGAUUGUUGGUGAUAAGCAUGGGAAUGUCCUGAGCUUUUUUGAGAGAGACUGCUCUGUACAGCGUCGGCAUCAGAAGGUCAUUGAGGAGAGCCCCUGCCCCUUCCUGAGUGACGAGCUUCGCUCCAGUAUGGGAGAGACGGCGACGCGCAUUGCCAAGUUGAUCGGGUAUGAAAAUGCCGGCACCGUCGAGUUUGUGGUAGAUGUUGAAACGUCUCAGUAUUUCUUUCUCGAGGUCAACACGAGGCUGCAAGUAGAGCAUCCAAUCACAGAAGAGGUCACAGGAGUAGACCUUGUGUCGGUCCAGCUCUACGUUGCAUGCGGAGGAGACUUGGGCUCGCUCUCAGCUACGAGGCAACUCACGCAAAGCGGCCACGCGAUAGAGUGCCGGUUGUGUGCCGAGAGUCCUGACAAGGACUUCUUCCCCGAGAAUGGCCUGAUCUCUCUCUGGAAACCAGCGGGGGGAUUGCUGGGCCCAAGCAGAGACGUCAGGUAUGAGACAACCAUCCAGUCAGGCUCCUCAAUAUCCAUUUAUUUCGACUCCAUGAUAGCCAAAUUAGUUGUCUGGGCCCCGACGAGAGACCUCGCUAUACAAACUAUGGCCGACCUCUUGGCUAACACACUCUGUAUGGGUGUGAGAACAAACCAGCUCUUCCUCCAACGGUGUCUGCUCCACCCGAAGUUCCGAGACCUGAGAUACAAUACGUCCUUCAUCCCACAAAAUCUGUCUCAGCUUCUUCGUCCACCCCUCACCGAAAAGCAACAACGUUUUAGGGAAGAACUCAUAGUCGUCCCGUGCCUGUUCAUGCGUCUCCAAGCCGGUGAGAAAGAGAGAGGCUCCCACGUUGAGCGGCCGUUUCAGAAUGUGCGCUCCCGUUUCCGCAAUCAACGCUUCGACCCCGGAAGUAUUCAAUGUGAUGUUGUAACCACUGAUUGGCAAGGCUUGGGGGCCUCCCCAGACAUUCCAGCACCUCAAUCGAACUUGUUACUUUGGAAGAUGGUGGCGCAUAAAAGCACCAAGGCGAAAGAAUACGAGGCUGCAGUGAUACCUUUUGCUCACAUCCUCAACUCAGCGUCGGAGAGAGAUUCGGAGGCAGUAGAAGACAGCGCCACUUCCGCUUCGAGCACGAAGCAGAUGGCAGUUGUGUAUAACCGGAUCAGCAACUAUGUUCGACAAGCGUCUUCCAAUUUUCCUCAACCGAUAAUUGUCAAAGUCUUGAGCUGGAACCCCCCUGGUGCAAAUGGCCAGGGCCCUGCUCCAGGUAUCUUGGAAGUGUCACUUCACGGAACCAAAGUGGUGGCAUAUUGUAUCGAGCCUGAAGCGUCAGAGAGCAGUGAACAAGCAAAAGGGCAUUCGAGGUUUAUUCUCUGCCACUUUCCAGUUCUUGGGACGUUUGUACGGUUUCAAAAGGAUACCUUGCUCUCAUACAUGGAAGGCUAUCGUACCUCGGUAGAAGAUCAGAGCGCUGCACAGGGACAUAUCAAAGCUCCAAUGCCGUGCAAAGUGCUGUCCAUUCCGAAGUCACAAGGCGAGGAGGUCAAGAAAGGGGAAACCAUAAUGGUGAUUGAGAGUAUGAAAAUGGAAGUGAGCUUGAGAGCCAGCGUGGACGGCCACUUUGAGACGUCAUGGAAGGUUGGUGAUGCAGUAGCGGAAGAGAAGGUGCUUUGCCGGGUAGUGUAG